CUUGUUCCUGUAUCAGUGUUUCACUGAGCGUAUGCACACCUCCAAAGCCAGAUUUUGCGUGUUGGAUUUGGCUCCGUGAUUCCACAAGGCCGGUCCCUUUGUACCACAGGCAGAGUGACUCAUCCUCCGUUGACUGCGUUUCUGCUGUUUUCUGGUUGAGCAAACCCUUCCUUCUUGUUCCCCAUAACCCUUUCACCCCAUGAUGAAUUCCACAAGGCUUGCUUUGCGACCGCGACAACUGUAUAAGGGCUGCGGAGUCGGACUCUCUCAUACCCCUCGUCUUCUUUUCCACCCAGUCACAAACCCAUAUCGACAAAUCGCUUGCUUUUCAGCCACCAAGCCACCAGCGUGUGCUAAUAUUGCCUCUUCAGAUCGCUUCACCUCUGCUCUGCAUCAGAACAAGGAUUGGGCAGCGCAGAUUGCCAAGGAGGACCCUUCGCUCUUCCCCACACUCGCGGUCGGCCAGCACCCGGAGAUCCUCUGGAUUGGCUGCUCUGAUUCUCGAUGCCCUGAAACCACCCUGCUUGGUCUCAAACCGGGCGACGUUUUUGUUCACCGCAAUAUCGCCAAUGUCAUCCAUGCCGGCGACCUCAGCUCUUCGGCCGUGAUCGAGUAUGCUGUCCGCUACCUGCAGGUCAAGCACGUAGUCCUCUGCGGCCACACCAGCUGCGGUGGUGUUGCUGCAGCACUGGGUAACAAACAACUGGGUAUUCUUGAUCCCUGGCUGCUGCCUUUGCGCCAGCUCCGCGCGAGACACCUGGAUCUGCUGAACUCGCUGCCGACCGACGAAGCCAACCUUAAGCUGGUGGAAUUGAACGUUCUGGAGGGGGUCAAGCUGUUGAAGGAGAAGAAUGUCAUCCUGGAAGCCGUACAGGAUCGGGGUCUUCAGGUUCAUGGGUUGAUAUAUGAUGUUGGCAGCGGUGUUCUUCGAGAGCUGGACAUUGAUGAGUCGGAGGCGGAACUCAAGGCGCGCCUAACAUCGUUCAAGACCGACGUCUAGGGGCGGGGUCAUGGUUGUAUAUUCUCGAUUCGAUUCUACCUGUUGUUUCUUUUGCUUUUCAGCGACCAGCGAGUGUUAGCAGACGUCGAUGUAUCGUCAUCUAGUGAAUAAUCCAUC